UUUCCAAAGGACUGUGACCACGAAAUCAAGUGACGCAGAAUUUGGUGGUGCGCAUGAGUUUCGUAUUUCGGCCAUGAAUUAAAGCCCCGGUAUACACGCCGAUGAUUAGUUGUGAGUAUCACACUAGCUUUGGACCUUAUCCACCAGUUCGUCUCGUGCUUCGUAGCAGAGGAGAACAAAGAAUGUUCUCGAGAUCCAACUCAACUGGAGUGUGAGGCUGACGAGCAAAGGAGUUCCAGGCAUUACUCUAGCACUUGCAGUCCGUAACCUAUUACGCUGAUAGUAUCUUAUGGACACUGUAUCGGCUCAAGGUCUUUGAGCUUGAGAAGUUUUUGCAGGUCGAAGCCGCAACCGUCACCGAACUCUUUCUGUUUGUGUGCAAGCAGGAUUAGAUAUGGCGUCUGCGAUGGUGACAGGGUCUUGCACUGCUGCGCAAGUUAAUGUGGUUGCGAGGGUCGUUGAUUCUCCAGUGUCGUCUCCAACGGUGGCAGCUGUUGGCGUUCAGUUGAGGCAUUCGUCUUAUGCAGGAGCUGGUAUGCAGUCUCUAAAAGGGGGUAGCACAGCAUGCGAAACCCAUCAACGAGGUGGUCGUAAUGUGGCCAUGGUAGUGCGCGCCAUGGCGGAGACCUCUCCUCCUUCCGGGCAACCUGCUGUGAAGGAAACGUACGAGGUAGAGCUGGAGAAGCCCUGGGGAUUGCGAUUCUACAAAGGUGCUGAUGGUGGUACUUACAUUGACGCUGUGGCCCCUGGUGGAAGUGCUGAUAAGUCGGGAAUGUUCACCCCAGGUGACAAAGUGAUUGAAACUAGUGCCAUGUUCGGAAAUGAAAUGUGGCCCGCUGCCGAGUAUGGCCGCACAAUGUACACCAUCCGGCAACGAGUUGGGACUCUUCUCAUGCGGAUGGAGAAGCGUUACGGGGUUCGGGAAGAUAGGGGUGCGACUGCAGAGCAGCUUUCAGCAGAACGGAACGCCGGCUCAAUUGGUGAUGGCAUCCGAGAGAUUCAAGUUCAGAACUAUCUUCGCAAGCAGGAGCAGAAGAAGCAACGUGAACAGGAGCUCGACGCCGGACUGAAACUCUACAAGCAAGGGAAGUACGAAGAGGCUUUGGGACACUUCGAGUCUGUUCUAGGUUUGAAGCCCGAGGCCAGAGAAGAAGCUGUAGCAAGCUAUAACGUUGCGUGCUGUUACUCCAAAUUGAACCAGAUUGAGUCCGGUCUUCAAGCUCUCGAGGAGGCCAUGGAAGCCGGGUUUGACGACUACAAGACAGUGCGAGAGGAUCCCGACUUGGCUUUGCUGCGACAAUCACCAGGUUUUACGCCACUCAUCAACAAAUACGAUGAACCCUUCAUCAAUGAGAACGCAAUGAACGCAAUUAAAAAUGUCUUCGGUCUUUUUGGGGGAAAGAAGUAGGUUCUUAGUUCGGAUCUAUUGAAGCUUUCUGGGACUGAAGCGUAAUGUUCAGACCUACUCCCUUUUGUUAGCAUAUGUACCGAUUAAUUCUUUGUAACAUUAACAAGUUUAUUCUGUUUAGCUGACGUGCUAUGUUCAGACGACUUUCAAAAAACACAAGGUAUUGCCCAAUUGCCUUGGUCACUAAAUUACAAAAAUCUAUAUCCAAGAGUA